AUGAUGGACAGAAUCAGUAUAUCGAAGAGAGGUGAAUUCUGCGAUGCGAAGGGUCGAGUGUUUGCAUUGAGAGGUGUGAAUCUGGACCCGAGCGUGAAGUUCCCUGCGAGCCCAUAUUUGACCACACACGCUCCAAUUGGUCGCACUGAGGACUCCCCAUUUUAUACAGAGGCGGACAAAGUGAGCUUUAUUGGGCAUCCAUUGCCCCUGGACGAAGUAGAGGUCCACGUCAACCGGAUCAAGUCCCUCGGGUUCAAUGCUGUGCGAGUGCUCUUUACGUGGGAGGCGCUUGAACAUGAGGGUCCCGGUGUCUACGACUACGAGUACAUGGACUACAUGGUCGCGCUGCUGAAGAAAAUCCACGCCGUGGGCGGAGUGUACGUGUACUUGGACCCGCACCAAGACGUGUGGUCGAGGUUUUGUGGCGGGUCAGGGGCUCCAUUAUGGACUUUACUGUGCUGUGGGUUUGAUCCUACAAAGUUUAAGGCCACUGAGGCGGCACUCCUGCACAAUGACUACAUCGAUCCAAAGAGUGGCAAGGAAAACGGUCCCUACAUGAAAAUGCUGUGGGCUACAAACUACUUCCGGCUAGCCUCUCAGACAAUGUUUACGCUGUUCUUUGCCGGUGAACUGUUUGCCCCAAAAUGUGUCGUCAAUGGGGUCAACAUUCAAGAGUACCUCCAGGGUAAGUUUUGCGAUGCUGUGAUGACACUGUACGCUCGGGUCCGCGAGAGGGCACCCGAAUUGUUCACCGAGAACUGUGUCAUCGGACUAGAGAGCAUCAAUGAGCCGAACUUUGGGUACAUUGGACAGACCUCCCUGGGGUCCAUACCGAAGGAACGGAAGUUGAAACUUGGGUCCACGCCAACGCCCUUUGCGAGUUUCAAACUAGGCGAGGGUAUCGGCACCACGGUACAGUGUUUCGAGUUGUCGACGUUUGGACCCAGCAAGACUCAGUCGCAGGAGAUUAAACCUAGUGGCGUUAGUUGCUGGCUUACCGCUGAGGAGAGGGAUAUAGUGGACAAGAAGUACGGCUGGGAACAUGGAGAUGAGUGGACCGCUGGCCAAUGUAUAUGGAGACUCCACGGGGUGUGGUCCCGGAAGGGUCCGCAGGGUUCAUGUACUCUGCUGAAACCAAACUACUUUAGCGAGUUACCGGGCAACGGCAGCCACGGCACAGCGAAAGUGGACAAAGGGUACUUUAUCAACCGGAUCUUCAUGGAUCAUUACAAACGGUUCCACUCUGCCUUCCGUGCUGUAGACAAGGACUCUCUGAUCUUCUUGCAGCCGCCUGUGUUGGAAGAACCACCCCUCGCAAAGGGUUCCUCUGUGAUCGACGACCGAACCGUGUACGCACUGCACUUCUACGACGGGUUCUCGCUGAUGUUCAAGACAUGGAAUCAGCUGUACAACGUGGACACCGUGGGGAUCGUCCGUGGGAAGUACUCGCUACCUGUAACAAGCCUUGUCUUUGGCGAGGAGAACAUUCGGAAGUCCAUCCGAAACCAAUUGCAGACCAUGCGGGACGAAGUGGCCGCGAACGUCGGUGCGAACGUUGGUGUGCUGUUCAGCGAGAUUGGGAUGCCCUUUGACAUGAACGCGAAGAAGUCGUACCGUGCUGGCGGGAACUACUCAGCACAGACGAGGGCGCUGGACGCGAUCAUGUACGCUCUUGAAGGCACCAACUUGUCCUUCAGUCUGUGGUGCUACUGCCACCGUAACAACCACGAAUGGGGGGACGAGUGGAAUAACGAGGACUUCUCGAUCUGGUCCCCGGAUGACGUGUCCCGAGAGGACACUGGCCCCAAGGUGGAGUAUCGCGGCGAGAGCAAGUUCAUUCGUGUUAUCGAGGAUGCGGAACCAGAUGUCGAGUCGGACGCACCACUGCUGAGGUCAUACUGCCCCGUCACCGCCUUGGACCACGCGGGGAUCAGGGCUGUUGGGGCGCUGCUGAGACCGUUCCCUCUGCGGGUGCAAGGUUCCCUUGAGUACGCGGAGUUUAAAUGGGUUGGCAGUUUGCCGCAGUAUGGGUUGCGUGUGCAUGGGGCCGGUGGCCGGGACAACCACACCAGUUACAUAUUCCUGCCGCAGUACCACUUCCCAUUGGGUGGAGUGAGCAUCCGUGCUUCGUCUGGUAGGUUCGAAUACUAUCGUGAGCGGCAGGUCUUGAAGUGGUGCGACCACGGGUCUGGGUCGCAGUACCUCGAGGUGGUGUGUCGAACUGGCGGCAGCGAUGCGCGUGAUGCGGCUGGUUGUCAGGUUAUGUAA